GAGGAGUUAAUCAGUUAAUCAAGCCGCCAUGGACGCGUUGAAGAAGGGGUUCUCCAAAGCCAAGGAUGGAGUCGUGGCCGCGGCGGAGAAAACAAAGCAGGGAGUGACGGGAGCGGCCGAGAUGACGAAGGAUGGGGCCGUGUUUGUCGGAACUAAAACUAAGGAUGGAGUCACCACAGUCGCAGGUAAAACUGUGUCUGGAGUGUCUCAGGUGGGUGGAGCGGUGGUUACCGGGGUUACCACUGUGGCCCAGAAAACCGUGGAGGGCGCCGGCAAUAUCGUCGCUGCAACCGGAUUGGUAAAAAAGGAUCCAUCUAAGCAAUGUGACGAAGAACCAGUGGUAGUGGACGCUGCAAAGUCAUCAGCGGAUUCUGACCGUGAGGUUACAGAGGACAGCGAAGGGUAAACGGCUCAAGAGCUCCACAGUCAGAAGUUGAUGACUGAAACGUUCCAUGUCGCACUGCCAAGUCCCGUCGUGCCUCGUCUCUGGUCCAUCAUGGAGUCUGUACAAAGUAAUCUAAGUGUUUGUCUGUACUGGUGUGUGU